UCCAAAAAAAUAAAAAAAAAAUUCUUAUAAAUUGAGCCACACCACGAAGCAAGAACAAACGUACCAAAGCUUCUGCUCUGCACCAAAUGGCUUCUUCCAUCCCCUUAUCCCUUCUCCUCCUACUCCUCCCCCUCACCACCGCCGCCGCCUUCAACUUCAAAGAAGCCACAAUCUCCCAAAUCCAAUCUGCCUUCGCUAAAAAACAAUUAACCUCCCGCGAACUAGUUCUCCUCUACCUCGCCCAAAUCCGCUCCCUCAACCCCCAACUCCACGCCGUCAUCGAAAUCAACCCCGAUGCCCUCUCGGCCGCUACCAAAGCCGACGAUCGACGCCACCGCUGCCCAGGCCACCGCCCCCUCACCCCACUGGAUGGCAUCCCCAUUCUCCUCAAAGACAACAUUGCCACCCGCGACCGCCUCAACACUACCGC